UGGUCCUGGGGCAGCUGGAGGGAGAGUGGGGGUCUGGGUGGUGCUGGAGGGAUCAUGGGGGUUCUAGAUGGUUCUGGGGGUGUCUGGAUGCUUUGGAGGCUGGGCAAACAUGGGGUCUGGGCAUCCCUGGGGGAAACAUGGGAGUCUGGGUGUCCUCAGGGAUGGGUUGGGGGUCUGGUUAUCUCUGAGGGCAGUUUCAGGGUCUGGGCGUCCUUUGGGGAGACAGAGCAUGUGGGCAUCCUUGGGGGGAAACUUGGGGAAUAUGAGCAACCCUGGGGAGAACUUGGGGUUCCCGUGGGAGAAUGGGGGUUUUGGGGUUGUCCACUUUCCCUACAGCACCAGGUCACCAAGAGAAGGUGGGCAGUCCCCAGACACGUGGGUCCUUUCCCCAGCCCUGGGCAGGGGUCCCGUCUGUCCUGAAUUCUUGGUCCCCACACGCAGGAUGAGCACUGCUCCUCCCUGUGUCCCUACAACACCUUUGGCAUGAACUGCUCGGGGCUCUGCUCCUGCCAGCACGCCCUCGCCUGCUCCCCACUCGACGGCUCCUGCUUCUGCAAGGAAGGCUGGCACGGACCUGACUGCUCCAUGCCGUGUCCUGCUGGUACUUGGGGUCUCAGCUGCAACCGGAGCUGUGACUGCGCCCAUGGGGCGCCCUGCGACCCCCAGAGCGGGACCUGCCGCUGUCCCCCGGGCUGGCAGGGCCCUCGCUGCCUGCAGCCCUGCCCGAACGGGACAUUUGGGGCAGGCUGCGGGGAGCACUGUGCCUGUGCCCACGCUGACGGCUGUGACCCAGUGACAGGACAGUGCCACUGCCUGCCCGGCUGGACAGGGCCGCAGUGCAAGCAGGGCUGUCCCCACGGCUCCUGGGGCAGGGGCUGCCACAUGUCCUGCUCCUGCCGCAAUGGGGGCUCCUGCUCCCCCCAGGAUGGAUCCUGCACCUGCGCCCCGGGGUACCGCGGCCCCACCUGCCAGCGCACCUGUCCCACCGGCCGCUAUGGCAAGCGCUGCUCCCUGAGCUGCUCCUGCGCCAAUGGCUCCUCCUGCCACCCCACCAACGGCUCCUGCCUCUGCGCCCCGGGCUGGCGUGGCCCCCACUGCUCCCAGCCCUGCACCCCUGGCACCUUUGGGCUCCAGUGUGACCAGCUCUGCCGCUGUCCCCGCAAUGCCACCUGUGACCCCACCAAUGGCACGUGUCCCUGCGCCCCAGGCACGACUGGGCCCCACUGUGAGGCUGGGAAUCCUGACCUGCCCUACACCAUCGAGCCAGCCCCCCCUGCAGCCUACAGCCCCCUGGGCAUGGUGCUGAGCCUGGUGGCCCUGGUGCUAUUGCUGGUGGUCGUGGUGGUCACAACCCUGUGGUACCAUCGCUGGCAGAAGGGGAAGGAGCGGCAGCACCUGGCCGUGGCCUACAGAGCAGGACAGACGGACACCUCUGACUACAUGGUGCCAGAUGUACCCCCAAGCCACCACGCACACUACUACUCCAACCCCAGCUACCACACGCUGUCCCAGUGCCCGCUGCCCUCCCGCGGCCCCCAGGACAGAGCCAGCUCCCUCAAGAUGUCUGGCACCCAGCUCUUCCCUAGCAUGGAGAGACCUUACAGCCCUGAAGGCAAUGCCACGCUGCCUCCUGACUGGAAACACCUCGGGGCAUCGGCCCUGGGCCCCAGGGGCAGGCAGCUGGACCGGAGCUACACCUAUAGCCAUGGCCUGAGGAAGUGUGACAGCAAAGAGCACCCCUGGGAGGGGCUGGGGGCCAGCACCAGCUCCCUGGCCAGCGAGAACCCCUACGCCACCAUCAAGGAGCUGCCCCCUCCCACCACCAAGGCCCAUGAGGGCAGCUACAUGGAGAUGAAAUCCCCUGUCCAGCGGGAGAUGUCCUACGCUGAGAUCGGGCUCCUCGAGGAGCCACAGGAGGAGGGUUGUCCUGAAGGGCCAGAAGGUCCCCCCACCAGAGACCCCCCCAGCCACUACGACUCCCCCAAGAACAGCCACAUCCCCAGUCACUACGAUGUGCCACCUGCCCGCCACUACCCCCCGUCCCCGCCACUGCGCAGGAAGGACCGCUGAGGGACCCUGCGGAUGAGGGACUGGCCACGAGGGCACGGAGGAUCCCUGCGGGGACUGGAGUACCCCGGGACUGUCGCUGUCCCUGAGCACGGGCCCGCAGGUGGUGAAUAAACGGAGUUUGGUGUGGA